AUGUGGGAAGUGUGGGAAAGAAGAUCCUUUCGGAGUGAAAGCUUAAUUCCUGUAGCCAUUUUGGCUGUGGUCUUUACAUUGUGCAGCUAUUUACCAGAUGCAGCUAAUGGCAGCCGAUCGCAGACACAGGAUACAGUGUCAGUGUCCUUGCCAGGCGAUAUAAUACUGGGUGGAUUGUUUCCGGUUCAUGAGAAGGGCGAGGGUGUAUCACCGUGCGGUCCCAAGGUCUAUAAUCGGGGAGUUCAACGCCUGGAAGCAAUGCUCUACGCCAUUGAUCGUGUUAACAAUGAUACAAAUCUACUGCCAGGCAUUACGAUAGGCGUACAUAUACUAGAUACAUGCUCUAGAGACACAUAUGCUCUAAAUCAAUCGCUACAAUUUGUCCGUGCAUCGCUGAACAAUCUGGAUACGUCCAUCUUUGAAUGCUCGGACUCUUCCAGUCCCCAUUUGCGAAGGAACACGUCAUCGGGUCCUGUGUUUGGUGUCAUCGGUGGAUCGUACAGUUCGGUGUCAUUGCAGGUUGCAAAUCUAUUACGUCUUUUUCACAUACCUCAAAUAUCGCCAGCAUCAACGGCUAAAACGCUAUCGGACAAAUCGCGCUUUGAUUUAUUUGCGAGAACGGUGCCACCAGAUACAUUCCAGUCGGUUGCCUUGGUGGACAUUAUCAAGAACUUUAACUGGUCCUACGUCUCCACAAUCCACUCGGAGGGAUCCUAUGGCGAAUAUGGCAUCGAGGCCUUUCACAAGGAGGCAACCGAGCGUCAUGUUUGCAUUGCCGCCGCCGAGAAAGUGCCGAGUGCAGCGGAUGAUAAAGUCUUUGACUCGAUUAUCAGUAAGCUAUUGAAGAAACCGAACGCUCGUGGAGUCGUACUCUUCACACGCGCCGAAGACGCCCGACGAAUUCUUCUGGCGGCCAAACGGGCUAAUCUCUCGCAACCAUUGCAUUGGGUAGCCAGCGAUGGAUGGGGCAAACAGCAGAAGCUUCUCGAAGGAUUGGAGGAUAUUGCCGAGGGUGCCAUUACUGUUGAGUUGCAGUCGGAGAUUAUUGAAGACUUUGAUCGGUACAUGGUGCAAUUAACUCCUCGCUCCAAUCAACGCAAUCCCUGGUUCGCGGAAUUCUGGGAAGAUACCUUUAAUUGUGCCCUAACCGCUAGCUCCGAAAAGUUCAAGCCCACAAGUCCGAUAAAUUCAACAAGCGAUAAACAAAAAAUACUAUGCGACGAUCGGCUAAGGCUAUCGGAGAAAGUUGGAUAUGAACAAGAAUCAAAGACGCAAUUCGUUGUGGACGCAGUCUAUGCAUUUGCUCAUGCCCUUCACAACCUGCAUAAUGAUCUGUGCACACAGAGUGAUCAAAAUGAGGGACAUGGACAGGGACAACAGAAACAUCAGCAUAGUGAAUCUGUUUGGUAUCGGAAGCCGGUCGAUAGCCACUCUCAGGCAUGUCCAGAUAUGGCUAGUUAUGAUGGCAAGGACUUUUACAACAACUACUUGUUAAACGUCUCAUUUAUUGAUCUGGCUGGCAGUGAGGUUAAGUUUGAUCGCCAAGGGGAUGGCUUGGCCAGAUAUGAUAUAUUGAAUUAUCAACGGCUCGACAACUCUUCUGUAUAUCAGUAUAAGGUGAUCGGUAAAUGGUUUAAUAGGCUUGAGCUCAAUUUGGAGACUGUUGUAUGGAACAAGGAACAGGAAUUGCCGACCUCGGCAUGUUCACUUCCCUGUAAUGCUGGCAUGAUCAAAAAGCAACAGGGGGACACCUGUUGUUGGAUCUGUGACAGUUGUGAGGCGUAUGAGUAUGUCUUUGAUGAGUUCACCUGCAAGGAUUGCGGUCCGGGUUUCUGGCCCUAUCCGGACAAGCUAUCCUGCUUUGCUUUAAACAUCCAGUAUAUGCGUUGGAAUUCCCUCUUUGCUAUCAUUCCUAUGGUUAUUGCCGUAAUCGGCAUAACGAUGACCAUUAUUGUAAUCGUGCUAUUUGCCAGAAAUCACGAUACUCCCCUCGUUCGGGCAUCUGGUCGUGAGCUGAGCUAUACUCUUCUUUUUGGCAUUCUCGUCUGUUACUGCAACACGUUUGCCUUAAUCGCAAAGCCGACAAUCGGCUCCUGUGUCCUUCAGAGGUUCGGUAUAGGAGUCGGCUUUUCUAUUAUUUACAGCGCUCUUCUCACGAAAACAAAUCGCAUCUCUCGUAUCUUUCACUCGGCAUCCAAGUCGGCACAACGACUGAAGUAUAUAUCUCCCCAGUCACAAGUGGUUAUUACAACCUCACUGAUCGCAAUACAAAUUUUGAUCACCAUGAUUUGGAUGAUUGUCGAGCCGCCAGGAACUCGAUUUUAUUAUCCCGAUCGCGCCGAGGUGAUAUUAAAGUGCAAAAUACAGGAUAUGUCCUUUCUGUUCUCCCAAUUGUACAACAUGAUACUCAUUACAAUUUGCACAGUGUAUGCUAUAAAAACGCGCAAAAUACCCGAAAAUUUCAACGAAUCUAAAUUUAUUGGAUUUACCAUGUAUACUACCUGUAUAAUUUGGUUAGCAUUUGUACCAAUUUACUUUGGUACCGGCAAUUCCUAUGAAAUCCAAAUAACAACACUGUGCAUCUCAAUUAGCUUAAGUGCUUCCGUGGCAUUGGUCUGCCUUUAUUCACCCAAGGUUUAUAUCCUUGUCUUCCAUCCGGAUAAGAAUGUGCGAAAAUUAACAAUGAACAGCACGGUAUAUCGACGAUCGGGCACUACGGCAGGCGGACAAGGACAGGGACAGGGAAUACCAACGAGUUCCGGAUAUAGCCGUACUCCACUUGGUACCACAGCUGGAACAGGAACCGGUGCAGGUGCAGGUACAAGCACAGGUGUGGGUGCUGCUACAAUAGCUGCAUCUUCUCAGAACUGUAGUCAAAACAGUCCUAGUCCCGAUCUGGACUAUAAUCAAACAGCUGUUAUUCAUAAGGAUGAAGGAGGAGGAGGAUGGAAUGGUGCCCAAACAACAACUGACAAAUGUGAAUGAGCGAUAGAAAUUGAAGAAUCGAAUCGAAAGCUAUUAAAUCGUGUAGCUAAGACUAACCACUAACUAUUAAUUAGCCCAUAAUGAUCCAUGAAAAAGGGAGUAAAUAUUUAUGCUCCUUAGUGCUUAAGCAAGUAAUAUAUAUAGUACAUAUACACGUAUUAAUAUACAAGUAUAUAUGCAUAUAUACAUUCACAGCUUUAUCUCCAUCAGAAAUUAUCAAAUAAAAAUGUUGAUCUGUGUAUUUAGUCAAACUAGUUAUUACCUACAUACAUUAAUGGCAUUAGAUCAGUUUGCAUAGUAAU